AGUUUACAAAAACCAAUCAAGGUGCUCAAUCAGUUUUAAGAUCAAGUAGCAAAAGAUUAUCAAAGGGUUUGCUUUACUGUUUCGCAAUCGACCGUAAUGAACUCCAGGCUUGUGGUUGUUUCGGUUCUCUUGAUGAUGAUGGUUUCCCUUCUUGCUUUCAGUCCUGUUGAGGCUGAUGGAGUAGUGGUGAACAACAAUGCACAACAUGCUUCACUCCUUGAUAAAAUUGACUGCGGUGGAGCGUGCACUGCGAGGUGUCGUUUAUCAUCUCGGCCUCGGCUGUGCAAGAGGGCAUGCGGGACUUGCUGCCAGCGUUGUAGCUGCGUCCCUCCCGGCACGGCUGGAAACUACGACGUCUGCCCCUGUUACGCUAGCCUCACCACCCACGGCGGCAGACGCAAGUGUCCUUAGUAACAACAUUAAAACUACUUCAAGCAAGCUUAGCUAUCUCGCUAGCUAGCUUGGUUAUAUAUGUGCCGGAGCUACAGAGUGAAUAAAAAUGCAUAUAUAGGUUUAACUUAUCCAAUAAAAAUGGCUACUGCUUGUAGCCUUGUAAUUUCUGCUUCAUAUUGUACGUCAAUCUGGUGUUUAUGACUUUAUGGACAUGGAGUAAUUAAUCAACA